CACAUUGUAUCCUAUCAGACGAGGCGUGGGUGAUGUCACCUGCGAGUUGGUAACCUACGAGCGGCUGUGAAGGGAACUGUUUAACCGGAUCCCAUUGUACCGGGAACGCAGAGCGGCCUUUUCAGCAUGCAGCAGCUGCUCAGGUGAGGGGACGCUUCGGCUCGCCCGCCCUACUCAUUCAUUAGCGGCAUCGCACCGUGGCUCAGGGUGGGCGUGCUGGUUCCUCGCGCUGUUGGCGGCGCUCCCUCGGGCUGCUUCCCGGAGCUCCCGGGCCAGUAGGAGCUCAAAGGAUUGCAUGGGUGCCAUCAGUGGUCCUUCAUUUCUGUUUGAGACUUGUGACUGGUCUGUUGGCAGAAUGGCUAGGGCAGGCUGAGAGUUUAGAAACAUCAAGAAAUAGAAGAGAACUCAAUCAUGGCACCAAGGAAGAGAGGUGGACGAGGGAUUUCGUUUAUCUUUUGUUGUUUCCGAAACAAUGACCACCCAGAAAUCACAUAUCGGCUUCGGAAUGAUAGCAACUUUGCACUUCAGACCAUGGAGCCUGCGCUGCCCAUGCCCCCUGUGGAGGAACUGGACGUCAUGUUCAGUGAACUUGUGGAUGAACUUGAUCUCACAGACAAACACAGGGAAGCCAUGUUUGCACUUCCAGCGGAGAAAAAGUGGCAGAUCUACUGCAGCAAGAAAAAGGACCAGGAAGAAAACAAGGGAGCAACAAGUUGGCCUGAGUUCUACAUUGAUCAGCUCAAUUCCAUGGCUGCUAGAAAAUCUCUACUGGCUUUAGAGAAGGAAGAAGAGGAGGAGAGGAGCAAAACCAUCGAGAGUCUAAAGACGGCACUGAGGACAAAGCCCAUGAGGUUUGUAACUAGAUUCAUCGAUUUGGAUGGCCUGUCGUGUAUUCUCAACUUUCUGAAGACUAUGGACUAUGAGACCUCUGAGUCUCGGAUACAUACCUCCCUCAUUGGUUGUAUAAAGGCACUAAUGAACAACUCUCAAGGCCGGGCCCACGUCCUGGCUCAUUCUGAGAGUAUUAAUGUAAUUGCUCAGAGUCUGAGCACAGAGAACAUUAAAACAAAGGUGGCCGUACUGGAAAUCCUGGGCGCCGUGUGCCUGGUUCCUGGGGGUCACAAGAAAGUUCUGCAGGCUAUGCUGCACUAUCAGAAGUAUGCCAGUGAGAGAACCCGCUUCCAGACGUUAAUUAAUGAUUUGGACAAAAGCACUGGGCGUUAUCGGGAUGAAGUGAGUCUGAAGACUGCCAUCAUGUCCUUCAUCAAUGCAGUGCUAAGCCAAGGAGCUGGAGUGGAGAGUUUGGACUUUAGACUCCAUCUUCGCUAUGAAUUUCUGAUGUUAGGAAUUCAGCCUGUUAUAGAUAAAUUAAGGGAACAUGAGAAUUCAACGUUAGAUAGGCAUUUAGACUUUUUUGAAAUGCUCCGAAAUGAAGAUGAACUAGAAUUUGCCAAAAGAUUUGAACUGGUUCACAUAGACACAAAAAGUGCAACUCAGAUGUUUGAGCUGACCAGGAAGCGGCUGACUCACAGCGAAGCCUACCCUCACUUCAUGUCCAUCCUGCACCAUUGCCUCCAGAUGCCUUACAAGAGGAGUGGUAACACAGUUCAGUACUGGCUGCUGCUAGACAGAAUCAUACAGCAAAUAGUUAUCCAGAAUGACAAAGGACAGGACCCCGACUCCACACCUUUGGAAAACUUUAACAUUAAGAACGUCGUCAGAAUGUUGGUUAAUGAAAAUGAAGUUAAGCAAUGGAAAGAACAGGCAGAGAAAAUGAGAAAAGAGCACAAUGAGCUGCAACAGAAGCUGGAGAAGAAAGAGAGAGAAUGUGACGCGAAGACCCAAGAGAAGGAAGAAAUGAUGCAGACCUUGAAUAAGAUGAAAGAGAAGCUUGAGAAGGAGACGACCGAGCACAAGCAAGUCAAGCAGCAGGUGGCGGAUCUCACCGCGCAGCUCCACGAGCUCAACAGGAGAGCUGUCUGUGCUUCAGUCCCAGGAGGACCCUCACCUGGAGCCCCAGGGGGACCCUUUCCUUCCUCUGGCCUGGGAUCUCUUCUCCCUCCCCCACCACCCCCACUCCUUCCUGGUGGAGCACUUCCUCCCCCACCACCUCCCCUCCCUCCUGGGGGUCCUCCCCCUCCCCCAGGGCCACCUCCCUUAGGGGGAAUCCUGCCACCUCCUGGUGCUCCUAUAAGCCUGACACUCAAGAAGAAAAACAUUCCCCAGCCCACCAAUGCGCUGAAGUCCUUCAACUGGUCAAAGCUGCCUGAGAACAAAUUGGAAGGAACAGUAUGGACCGAAAUCGAUGAUACCAAAGUCUUCAAAAUUCUAGACCUUGAAGACCUAGAAAGAACUUUCUCUGCCUACCAAAGACAGCAGGAGUUCUUUGUGAACAGUAACUCCAAGCAGAAAGAAACAGAUGCCAUUGAUGACACACUGAGUUCCAAAUUUAAAGUCAAAGAACUGUCAGUGAUUGAUGGUCGGAGAGCUCAGAAUUGCAACAUCCUUCUGUCGAGGUUGAAGUUAUCCAAUGAUGAAAUCAAGCGGGCAAUUCUAACAAUGGAUGAACAGGAGGAUCUGCCCAAGGACAUGUUAGAACAGCUUUUGAAAUUCGUUCCUGAGAAAAGUGACAUUGACCUUCUAGAGGAGCACAAACAUGAGCUGGACAGGAUGGCCAAGGCUGACCGCUUCCUGUUUGAGAUGAGCAGGAUUAAUCAUUACCAGCAAAGACUGCAGUCAUUGUACUUCAAAAAGAAGUUUGCGGAGCGUGUGGCAGAAGUAAAGCCCAAAGUGGAAGCCAUUCGUUCUGGCUCCGAGGAGGUAUUCAGGAGCAGCGCCCUCAAGCAGCUCCUAGAGGUGGUUUUGGCUUUUGGGAAUUACAUGAAUAAAGGACAAAGAGGCAAUGCAUAUGGAUUCAAGAUCUCCAGCCUCAACAAGAUUGCAGACACGAAAUCCAGUAUUGACAAGAACAUUACCCUUUUACACUAUCUAAUAACUAUUGUGGAGAAUAAGUACCCCAAGGUCCUCAAUUUACACGAAGAAUUGCGGGAUAUUCCUCAAGCAGCGAAAGUCAACAUGACUGAGCUGGACAAAGAGAUAGGCACCCUGAGAAGCGGCCUGAAAGCUGUAGAGAUGGAGCUGGAAUAUCAGAAGUCUCAGCCUCCCCAGCCUGGAGACAAGUUCGUGUCUGUUGUCAGCCAGUUCAUCACUUUGGCUAGCUUCAGCUUCUCAGAUGUUGAAGAUCUGCUGGCAGAAGCUAAGGAGCUGUUCACUAAAGCGGUGAAGCACUUUGGGGAAGAGGCUGGCAAAAUCCAGCCAGAUGAGUUCUUUGGGAUUUUCGACCAGUUUCUUCAAGCCGUGGCAGAAGCGAAACAGGAGAACGAGAACAUGAGGAAAAGGAAAGAGGAGGAAGAGAGGCGGGCUCGCAUGGAAGCUCAGCUCAAAGAGCAGCGGGAACGGGAACGUAAGAUGAGAAAGGCCAAGGAGAACAGUGAAGAAAGUGGAGAAUUUGAUGACCUGGUCUCAGCUUUACGCUCGGGAGAAGUGUUUGACAAAGACCUUUCCAAACUCAAACGGAACCGCAAACGCAUUUCCAACCAGGUGACGGACGGUAGCCGGGAGCGACCAAUCACAAAACUGAAUUUUUAAUUUUCUUGCAUCCUUUUCUAGAAAGUGCAGUAGCAGCCCUUUGGCAUAACUAGAACUUUACACUGCCUUGAAAUUCAGACAGUGGCAAUUUCUUCUCUCACCUGUGAGUGAAGUGUGAAUGUGUGUGUGUAAAUGUAUGUGUAUAUAUGUGAAAAUGUAUAUAGAAGUCUGCGUGUUGUCCAGGGACCUCUGUGUAUGCUUAAAAAGUUUAUGUUAAUGUGUGUGCUCAGAAACUCUCUGUGUAUGCAUUCAUGAGUGGGGCUCAUUUUCUUUCCCUGAACACCGUGGCUGUUCAGAAGCACAAUACUCUCUCCUGAAGCAGAUAACAGACAUUCCUUGACAUUAAAAAAGAAAAAAAAGAAAAAAAAAAAA